GGUAUCGAAUAACAUGAGAUAAACUUUUUGGCUUCCUAUGUGUCACUUGCAACAUUUGCCAAUCAACUCAUGAAUUCACUGUCUUCACUAUUUCAUUUUUCGAUGUCCAAUUCUCUCGUAAAAUGAUCACUUGCAAAACGUGAAUGACAUCAUAAGUCAGUUCAUUGAUUCCUGGCUCGGCGACGGGCGAACGAUCUGCAAAAGCGCCUUGAGCUUCAUUGCCCACAGAUCGCUGCCAAUAUACUGAACGUACUCACAGCAUUGCCGAAGAAGUUGUGGAUAUUGAGCCCAGUACAUAGGCUGUACCGCGAAUAUUCAACAGCAUCGACCAUGAACUCAUUCAUCACGCCAGCCUUUUUAUCUUCUAUCCGUAGUUCGCGAUCUCUCCCCCGUAACUCGUGGUACUUCAUCACAGCCACCACAUUGUCCAUACUGAACAGGCCGGACGAGAUUCCAAAGGUAUUCAAUGAUGCUAUCGGACGUGCAGCUGGUCUGGCCGAUGGGCAUCUAUCGGUGGAUGAGCAACUCACCAUCGCUAGACGUAUGCGUGAGGCUCUCGUCAAGGCAUCCGCUGUCGGAGGCCUUCCCAAGACCAUAAAUGCUCUUAUGGCGAUGAAGGCGGUAACGCCAUCUCAUCUGCUGGAUGACCCUGGAGAAGCCUCACCCCCAACACGGCGGCAUGACAUAGAGAAUGGGUCGUCAGAGAUUUUGGACCGUGGUGCAAAGUUCUGGGACAGGAUAUACGGGAAGAUAUCAAAAAGAAUCAUGGGUCAAAUGGAGAGGUGUGGCACAGAGGAUUUGGCUGUCACCGCCCGUCUCAUGUACGGCCACAUUCUGAGUAAUACCCGGAUAUUGUCUGCGCCGGAGACUUCAUUCGUCUUGAUCGCUGGCCUGAUACCCCAAGACGUCAAUCCGCAGCUCAAGGGUCAUCUUAGAGGCGCACUGAAUGCAGGUGCCUCUAAGGAGGAGGUCGCCGCUGUACGGGAUCUCGUGAUACGGAUUUGCGAGGCAGCAGGCAUGCAGAAGCUUGAUGCUGCAGCAUCAGGAGGUUGGGGAUGGGAGGGGGAGAUAGCAGAUGUUUGAUAGUCACAUCAGUCACAUCGCCUGCUGUAAGAUGCACCUUUCCUCUAGCUAUUGCAUGCUUUCGUAAUCGCUUCAUAUUUCAAGCCUAACAGUUCGGCAUCGAUAGCAAGAAGUCCAGCACAGUGCAUUGCCUGUUGUCCUGU